AUGUCAACGAUAAUUCAGGGAUCUAUGAACGGCGGUGCCGUGGCAAACAGCCUCUUCGAACAUCCAGACAUCUAUCAUGUCCGAGCGCUUACCCGCAAUGCCGAAAAACCAGCUGCAAGGGCGCUUGCUGAACGCGGAGCAGAGCUCUACUGCGCCGACCUCAGCAGCGGCCGCGACGCUCUCGCCACCGCAUUCUCCGGCGCGGAUGUCAUCUUCGCCCUGACGGAUUUUUGGCAGACGCAGUCCACAGACAUUGAGAUCGCGCAGGGCAAAGCGAUUGCCGACGCCGCGGCCCAAACCCCCACGCUGAAGCACCUGCUUUGGAGCGCCCUUCCUGACCCCGUGGCCUUGUCCGGCGGCAAGUUCCUGAACUAUGCGGAGCUCUGGGCUAAGACCACGACUAUCCUCUUUCCGAAUUACUUCGAGAACUGUCUGACCACGCCGGAUAGAUAUCUUCCUACGAAGGAUGCCUCGGGGAUUUAUACACUGUCAUUCCCGCACAGCCUGGACACUGUGAUGCCCAACGUCGCUAUCGCCGACACCGGCAAGCUUGUGCUUUCCAUCCUUGCGGCGGGCUCUCACUACUUCGAAAAGACGAUUGCGUUCUAUUCCCAAGCCUUGUCGGAGGCGGACAAGCUGGCGACUAUUAGAAAGAGCACGUUGCUCCACCACCCCAGCUGUUCACGUCUAAUACACAAGAUAGGGUACAACGUUCCAACGCAAUACCGGAAACUCACCUCCAGUGAAUUCCAGGAGAUGCUCCAAGCCCGUGAUGGGAUGUCUGAGGAGAUUGCUCUGGACUUUGCAGAGCAACUUAUGAUAUUCGAGGAGUGCGGCAAUGUCUAUGCCAAUGAGGAGUUUGUCCAGGCGUAUGAGAUCCCUGGACUGAAGCUUCAAACCUGGGCUGAAUUUCUCGACAAGCAUGAGUUGCCCUUGAAGCCUUGAAGGAGUUAGAUUAUUACAAACUAGGUAUGGAAGAACAAACUGGACAGCGUCGUGCUGAAUGGAAACGCUUCUUGAAGCCACCAAUGAAAACUCUCGUCUCUCCAUUUAAUACCUGUUCAGUCCAACUGCCAUAAGCCUUAGGCCCCGGUCACUUUCUUUGCAAUCCCUGAGCCUGUGGCGUGUUUGCAUGCGGUGAAUACACACAUGUCGAG